AAGAUCAGCUGGAAGCAGAAUCGGCCUCAGAACAAGCGCUUACAGCCAGGAUCCCAUAUCGACGUGCUCAGGAACGCGCACCGCCCUUCUUCCUUCAGUUCAGAAUCAACGUGGCUAGGCGCCUCUGUGGUUCCAAUCCUGCAGUAUACACAACAUGGCGCAACGUCCCAUCGAUGCGGAGGCUACCGAGGCCUUGCUGAAACUCGCAUCUAAAACGGUCGACGAUCAGCUAGGCAGGGAACAAAAGUAUCCAGAGUUGAGUGAUUUUUUCAACACGGACUUCUCUGCAAUCUAUGUUGCGCCCGAUUCGCGUCAACAGAUUCUUCGCCGCAAACGCGCCAUCAGCUUGCCCGAUACGCUUUUUGAACAGUACAAUCUGCUCGAAUGUAGGUGCUUCAUGGGCCUGUUCCCUGAAAUUGGUCGCGUCUGGAUCACAAUCGACCAUCGCCUGUUUCUUUGGAACUAUGCCGACGGCAAUUAUGAGUCGUACGAGGAACUGGAUCAGAUUAUUGUAAAUGUUGCCCUUGUAAAACCAAAGCCAGAUACAUUUGAUGACAAAGUGGAGUACUUGCUUGUAAUUGCGACGCCAAUCGAGGUUCAUUUAUUGGGGAUGGCUGUCGGAGCAGGAGCUAGUCCACACACGCUCUAUAUUACCAAUAUGAGCGUCCCCACCGAUAACGUGGCCAUACGGAGCAUCGUAGGCACUGCAGACGGCCGGAUCUAUAUGAAUGGAAACGACGGGAGACUGUGGGAAAUCGAUUACCAGGCAGAGGAAGGCUGGUUCAGCAAGAAAUGCUCCAAGCGUGAGGUGAUCGGCAGUGCGCUGUCAUAUUUCAUUCCCACAUUCCUGAGCAAGAUCAGAGUCGAUCCCAUUACCAAGAUUGUUUCUGAUGAAUCGCGGCAGGUCAUGUAUGGUCUCACAGAGAAUUCCAACAUCGAGGUGAUUGAUCUCGCUGGAGCUGCGCAUGCAAGAUCAACCAUCAAAGCCAGCUAUAUUCUUCAGGAAGGGAAGCGGAAGAGUAACCACAAUAGAACCAUGGACGAGAAUUUAUUCAAAAUUGUCGAUAUCCAUAUCAUACCCUCGGCAGAAUCCAAGGAUAUCAACCUUCUAGCUCUCACUGCGACGGGCUGCCGCCUUUACUUCGGGCAUAGAGCAGCGCUCGACUACAAUAACCAGCGGCAUAUCGAUCAAUCCAACUCUGGACUAUAUCUCUUACAUGUGCGCAUCCCACCAACAUUUGAGAGUGCACCCGAGGCAGUUAUGGGCGCUCAGGGCCAAUAUCGUAUUCAUCAGGCGCUCUAUAACAAUGGCAUGUUCCUUGCCGCACAUUCACUCAAUGACGCCGCCGACGUACUCAUUGCCACAGCACCAGAUUCAGGGCCUAUCAACCAAGCCUCGACAGCCAGCAAGACUAUUGGAAACAGCUAUAUCCCAAAGCUGACCGAGUUAGCAAUGAUUGCAGGAAUGGAUGGCAAGAUUUGGGGCAUGUCUGAGGUUCCGGGAGUCAACCAUGCUGGUGCAAUCGACCCCUCCAUCUCCAGAAAUGAGCUUGCUGUGCAGCUUUCAAGAUCUGCCCGGGAAUAUCUUGUGCUGACCAACUCGGGUGUCCAAGUUUUUGUGAAGCGCAGGCCCAUUGACACAUUGCAGCAAUUGUUGCUCGACGGUCGUGGUGCAGAGAGCGAUCUGGUCUCUUUUUUCACACAAUAUGGACGCGUGGAGUCAUGUGCCAUGUGCAUAGCCAUCCUUUGUGGACACCCUAGCCUUUCAUCAGCUGCAACAGGAUCUCAAUAUAUGUCGUCUCAGUCUACCGCUGGGCCGAGCUCCGCGACUGCAGAAAGACUGUUGCUGGAAUGGGGCGGGAGGCGCAGCCCAUCGGAGAGGCUGACCAACGAACGCGUUGCUACAACCAACCUCGCAGGAUCAGAACUAGGUCGACCAGUCUCUCAAAGCUGCUCGGGACAAUACACCUAUCGACACACUGCACUGAGUCUUUAUUUGGCACGCACAUUGCGACCUAUCUGGAAACGUAAAGUUAUCAAGACUGCCAAUACUGCUCGGGGUCUCGUUGAUUCCGAGAUAUCCGAUCUUGUUCUGACGGCCGUGCAGAAGGAUUUGUUUUCUCUUCGGAGUGUUCUGAACGCCAACAUCGAGCUCUUCACACCCAGCGCAGUUGUGAUCUCCAACCCUCCUGGUGAGAAUGACCAGAUCGAAAUCGAGAACGCCAACGCGGAAUCAAAAUCACUGAAGGCGCAAUUGCUUCUGAUAACCCAGAGUAUUGAAGGAAUCGCUUUUGUGCUCUUCCUAAUCGACUCUAAAAUGUCAGAGACUGUAUCGAAUAUCCCACUGGAAUCUCAACAGGUGCUUUUGAGUAUCACGUAUGAAACCCUACUGACCACCUCCAAGGGUCACGAUUUGUGCCGCGAACUGGUCACUGCCGUCAUUAACAAGCAAAUGGGACAUCAUAUGAGUGUGGAUGCGGUGAGUGAUACACUGCAGCGUAUUUGUGGGUCCUUCUGCAGCCCUGGUGAUGUGAUUUUUUACAAGGCUACAGAACAUCUGCGCCAGUCAUUGUCGUCUAAGGACCCAGCUGAUAUUGAGGAUCACGCAAGAGAAUCAUUAAGACUCUUCAAGAAGGUCCCGUUCUUGCUAGUCGAUGAGACUCACGGACGUAAUAAGCUUCAAAGCAUCUGCAAGGAUUACAUGGAUCUCAAGUUCUUCCCUGGUGCCGUUGAGCUAGCCCUUUCCUGUGCCCAAGACGUCGAUCCUAGUAAUAAGGCUGCAGGAUAUGUCAAGGAUGGCAUGAACUCUAAAGAUAAUCGAGCGGAGCAAUAUGCGCAACGAGUGAUUUGCUAUGAGAAUGCGGUGGCUGUCUUGAAGGAACUUGGUCUCGAUUCGGCGCUGGGCCCACUUUCCAGUUUUGCAUUCCACACACUGGAAACGGCUCUUCAAUUUGACGACUCGUUGUUCCACACCUACCUCUACGACUGGCUAUUGUCGCAUGGCCGUGCCGACUAUCUACUUGAGAUUUCGUCGCCCUACAUCGAAGAGUAUCUUAAGCAGUGCACCAUGCUUGAGUCGACGCGAGACCUGCUCUGGCGAUACUACAUCAAGAGCAACGACUUUGGCCGAGCAGCACAGGAACUCGGAAGAAUAGCAGACUCUGCGCGGUACCAGUUGACGUUUGAGAUGAGACUGGAAUACCUCUCUCUUGCGGUAAGUAAUGCCAAGAGUUACCCUGCUGGAUCCGACCCUAAGACGGAUAGCGGCCGUCUCUUGAUCGAGCUUGAGGAGAAGUUGGAAGUCGGUAACAUCCAGCUAGACAUCAUUCUGAGCUUGAAAUCAAUGCUCGAGGAGCAAAAUCGCACGACCGAAAAUCCAGCGCUCGAUAAUAUGACAAGACUCGAGGCCCGUCAUCGAGCCCAGGACCUCGAGACUCUGUUUCAGAAUUGCAAAGCGCAAUUGCUUGAUAUUAACAUCUUGUACCACACAUACGUGGAGCCCCUUCAUAUGUAUGAAUCAAUGCUGGCUAUUUACCAUGCCUCAGACGUUGACGACGAGUACCAUGUCCGAGCCGCAUGGGAGGGAUUUAUUGCGAAAGUGUUCUUGGAGGCCGUCGAGAAUGGACGAUCGCCUCUGACAGAUGUCGAAGUUCGUGUCAAGGAUCUUGGCCGGCGAUUCUACCCAUCGGCUAAAGUAACGCCCAUCGCAACCAUGGUACAGGUUCUGGAGCGCUACCCUUAUCUGCGACCAACAGCUGGAUACCGAGCCUCGCCAGGAUGGGCAGUGCGUAUUUUGCGUGAGAUCGGGUUCCCAUACGAGGCGCUCUUUGAAAGCUUCCAUGCGCUGAUUGAGACCAAGAAGAGCGAGUGGAUUGGGCCGCGGGCUUCGUUGAUGUUGAUUCAGGACAUUGAAUUCUUACUCCGAGCAUGGCUUGCUGAAAGCCAUGGUAGUGGCAUCCUUAGUGAACUGAACGAUGCUCUUGGAAUCAGCGAGGAUGAAUGGCUGAUGUAUGGAGGGGGACGGAGCGGAGUAUCGGGUGCAGCUGCUGCAACUCUCGGACUGACGGGCACGGGGUCACUGGAUCGGUUCAGGGCCAGAAAAAUCGAGGACGCCAUUCAAAUGUACAUCCGGAUCCUAGAAUCGGCAUCAUGGACGCCGGCACCGGUCUCAGGCGCGUUUGAUGAUAACCUUGGGGGCUCUGCACAGGAAUUGGCGGUCAAGGCUGGGAAGCUUGUUCAGCGUCUACAGGUAAUCCGGGAGCGGCUUCAACGCCUUUAUUAGCCAUAAAGAAGGACCGCUUACCGGCCAAGAAAAAUCCAUUUACGAAGGAAGGAAAAUAAAGGCACCCCCAUACAUAUCCAGAAGAAAAAAAGAACUACA